CCGGAAAUGACUUGCUAAUGUUGCUGACAAGACGGUAGCAGUUUGAGUGAGCUAAACAACAUUUUGGUUUAAUACCUACAAUUAUUCUGCAGACAUGGGGAAGUCAUUUGCUAAUUUUAUGUGCAAAAAAGAUUUUCACCCUGCGUCUAAAUCGAACAUAAAAAAGGUAUGGAUAGCAGAACAGAAAUUAACCUUCGAGAAGAAGAAGCAGGAGGACCUCAUGAAUUCUUAUCUAAAAGAACAAGACACAUACAACAACAGAUUGCUAAUGGGAGAUGAUCGUGUGAAAAAUGGCCUCAACUUCAUGUAUGAAGCUCCACCUGGAGCAUCCAAAGAGGAGACCAAAGAGGAGGGGGAAUCGGAAUACAAGUUUGAGUGGCAAAAGACAGCCCCUCGGGAGAAGUAUGCCAAGGAUGACAUGGCUAUUCGAGAUCAACCAUUUGGAAUUCAGGUGCGCAACGUGAGAUGCAUCAAGUGUCACAAGUGGGGCCAUGUGAACACGGACAGAGAGUGCCCUCUCUUCGGCCUGUCUGGGAUCAACGCCAGCGCAGCGCCCACAGAGGAGGCUGGUCCGUCGAUGCACCCCUCCGAGUUAAUGGCGGAGAUGCGAAACAGUGGGUUUGCCCUGAAGAAAUGUGUCCUUGGGAGAAAUUCUACUGUUUGUGAUCCAUCGCAGGUGUAUGUUGCCAGUGAAGAAGAGGAGGAUCCAGAGGUUGAGUUCCUAAAGUCGUUGACCACCAAACAGAAAGAGAAGCUCCUCCGAAAACUAGAUCGUCUAGAAAAGAAGGAGAAAAAGAAGAGCAAAAAGCAGAAGAAGAAGAAGAAGCACAGAGGGAAGCAGAAGAGGUCGGCCAGUAGUGACAGCUCCAGUGAUAGCAGCAGUGACUCUGACAGCGGCCCCAAGAGCCAAAAGAGAAAGAAGAAGAGUGCCAGAAAGGACUCCCGUCGUGACAGCAGUCCUGAGCGUGAGGGACGGGUCCGGAGUAAAACCCAGGGCUCCUCUCACAGGACCAGGUCCCAGAGCCCAGCAUCCACACAGACAGAGCUACAUCACGCCAGACAGGAGAACCCUAGCCGGGCCGAGCCGGGUAGGAGUGAGGUCAGGCACUCCAGUCCAGGAAGACAGAGACAGAUUAAACAGGAAGGUCAGGAGGGUCAUGCCCACUACAGCCGGGAGAGCCAGGUGCCUGACAGUAGCUCUGAAUCCGGCCCACGCAAGAGCCGUGACAGAGACAGGGACCGGAGAGGUAAAGACAAGUUUCCCGUUGGAGAUGAGGGGAGCAGUAGACGGGACAGGGACAGAAGCAGGGAUAAAGUAGAAAAGAGCAGAAGCCGUGAGAGAGGGGGAGGGAGGGCCGGGAGAGAAGGGAGGAGUAGGAGCAGAGACGGAGUGAACAGUAGGAAGGUAGCAACUAAGGAGAGGAGUAGAAGCCCGGGGAGAGUGGGAGAGAGAAGUAGAGGGGGGAGGAGAAGCACAAGCAGAGGGAAGGGAGAAAGCACCAGGAGCAGAGAGAGAGCUGAGAGGAAGCGCUAACAUAUCAGAAGACAAGUGCAACAUGUCCAGUGGUACCUUUUUCUUUUUACUCAAAAUUUAAUGUUUUACAUUUUAUGAUGCUCCUUUAAUACUGUUAAUAUUUUCCUGGAAGUGUACGCAAUUUAUUAAACAUUAAACAAAUCAAUAAAAACAAA